CCUUCGCGGCUGAGGAUGUGUCACUCAGGCAGACCGAGAGCAAAACAACAGCAGUUUGGGCCGGUUUGUCUCAGCUUUUCCUCACAGAUGUUCUGUUUGUCCAGCUUAUUAAAGGAGUUUGGUGCUUUUUUGGUCUCGUAUUAAGGCUUUUGGCAGCGGAGGCGAACAUAGAGACUCAAAAACACUCCAGCUUCUCCGCUUUUUCUGCCGCCGCCGCUCCUUAAUGCCCCAGCUCGGGGCAGAUUAGCCGCAGGCUGAGCUUUGCCUCGCCGUAUGAGGAUGUCCUGCUGUUUGCUGGACUUCUGUCGGGUCCAGGAGCUCAGACAGGUCCGGGAGUUUCUCUUCCCCAGCCAGAAAUCCGCUGCUGUGCCGGACGAGAGCAAAGACCAAGCAGGAGAGAAUGAGUUAACCUGGGAUGACUCAGACUGGGGCUCGUGGGAGGCGUCAGACACUAAAGUGGAUGGAACCACGGCUGAAGAGGAGGUGCAGCAAGGCGCCCCUUGGCUGCAAGACUGUGUUCUCUCGCUCUCUCCCUGCUCAGACCUCCUGGUCAUCGCUCGAGAACAUAAAGCAGCCUUUCUCUCUGCUAAAUGGCAGACAGAUGACUCGGGGAAAGAGGAGAUGACCCUGGCUGUGUCCUGGAGCGGCACGCUGAGCUCUGAGGAGGGGGAGUGUGUGAGCAGUGUUAUCUGCAUCCCACUGGCCAGCCAGAAGAGGAGUUCCACAGGUCGUCCAGACUGGACCUGUAUUGUGGUUGGAUUCAGCUCAGGAUACGUCCGCUUCUACACAGAGAAUGGAGUUCUUCUUUUGGCUCAGCUACUAAAUGAAGAUCCAGUUCUUAGGCUGAAGUGUCGAACAUAUGAGAUCCCACGCCAUCCUGGAGUUACUGAGCAGCAUGAGGAAUUGAGUAUCCUGUACCCAACAGCUCUGGUCACCAUUGAUGGCUUCAGCCUCUUUCAGUCUCUGCGCGCCUGCAGAAACCAGGUUGCUAGAGCUGCUGCAGCCGGAAGUGAUGCUGUACAGCCUCCCCCACUCGCCUAUAAGAAGUGGGGCCUGCAGGAUAUGGACAUAAUUGUAGAUCACAGCAGUGUGGGCAUCAUGACGCUGAAUGUGUUUGACCAGAUGAAGAACGCCUCUAUCCUCGGAGGCUUCCAUGCCUCAGUGAAAGGCAGUCCUCCUGCCAUGAGUCAGUAUAUAACUGUGGGAGGUGGACCGUUCACUGGUUUCUACUAUGCUGUGGAGGGCAGUUCACAGCCUCUUCUCUCCCAUGUGGCUCUCGCUGUGGCCAGCAAACUCACUUCGGCCCUGUUCAGUGCUGCCAGUGGAUGGUUGGGAUGGAAGAAUAAGAAUGAGGAGGAGCCAGCACAGAAACAGAAGCCUAAAGUGGAGCCGGCCACACCCCUUCCUGUUCGGUUUGGCCUGCCUGACUCCCGUCGUCACGGAGAGUCCAUUUGUCUUUCACCAUGCAACACCAUGGCAGGCGUGACGGACGAUUUCGGUAGAGUGAUGCUGCUGGACGUGGCGCGUGGCAUCGCCAUCCGCAUGUGGAAGGGGUACCGUGAUGCCCAGCUGGGCUGGGUGCAGGUGUCUGAAGCUCGGGGCGAGAGAGAGAUAGCCACUUCCCCCUCCAUGCCUCGCCGGCAUGCGCAGUUUCUUGUCAUUUAUGCACCCAGACGGGGCAUCCUGGAGGUGUGGGGCACCCAGCACGGCCCCAGAGUCGGAGCCUUUACUGUGGGCAAACACUGCAGGUUGCUGUAUCCAGGUUACAGGUUAAUGGGGGUGAACAGUGUAACCAGUCAAGGUUGGCACUUGCAUACGCAGCAGGUGUGCCUGUUCGACCCAACAACUGGAGUGUUGCGUUCCAUUACUAUACCAUUCCAUCUAGCCCUCAGUGAUAAGAAGAGCGAGCGAGCCAAAGACAUGCACCUACUGAAGAGACUGACCGCUCUGCUGAGGAGCAGGGAGCUCGACCCAGCUCUUCUGGAAAGUGAGGCACAGAGUAUUCUUCUGGAGAUCAAACACCCAGCCAUUAAAAAACAGGCGCUGGAGUCUAUGCUGACCAGUAAGAAUGCUCCAGUCUCAUGUAUGACGAACGUUACUCGAGCUUUGUUGGCCAGCUUAAAAGAACAAGACCCAGAGGCCAUAGAUGAAUCGUUGCUGCAGCUGUGUUCCUCUCAGCUCAGACUACUGCAGCUCUACACAGAUGUUCAGCUACUGCACACGCCUGAUAGCUCACCCACUGAGACUGAGUCUCUCUCUGUGGCUGGUAUUGAGGAAGAUUUGGCUCGAGUUGGACCAAUCCUGCGGCGCUACGCUGAGCUAAACUCCCGCCCCUCCGUUUCAUUCGCUCAGGACCCAGGAGGGCCGCUGCCCGUCAGAGCAUUUCUGUCCCAGUUGGUGUGUGAGGGAGGGGAGCUGCGUGUGGUCAGAGGACCCGACACAGACUGGACACACCUUGGUAGUUUUCUGUUCUGGGGCUGUCUUUCUGGCCAGAGUCCACUGGAGCGAGUGUGUGAGACGUUACAGCAGAGUGGCAUCAGCCCUCAGCAACUACUGUCCCUGCUGUUGACUGUGUGGCUGAACAGAGAGAAGGAGAUUUUGAAGAGAGCAGACGCCAUCAGGAACUUACACACUCUCCUCAACACUCUCAGCUCUAUGAAAGGCGCUCUGGGUGAGUCAUGGGAUGUGCAGUGUAUCUCUCCCUGGUGGCAGCAGGUGCGUAAUGCCUGUGUUCAGUCAGAGAGCGCUGGCGCCGCCCUGCUGGCUGGACUUGUCGCUCACCGCGCUGCCAAGAGCUCCAUUACUAGCCUGGCUGAAAGCACGUUUCAGGCGGACUGGGAGUUUGUGUCACUGGAGCUGGAGCAGUGGGUGGUGUGUGUGAGGCAGCUGGAGGAUGUGUUGGCGCUACAGACACUGUUGAGUCUGCCUCCGCCUCAGGGAUCACCAGGGGGCGCUGUCCCACGCUGCUCAGUUAAAUCACUGCUGGAGAGUGGCAGAGGAGGUGUAGCGGACAGUGUUGCAAAGCUGAUCUUUAGGCAAGAUGCUGCUCCUGAAAUGUUGCAGGAUAUCGUGCAGCGGAGGGUGGGCGGGCAGAGCUCAGAAGAGCCUGUAGAACAGCUUUUGCAGGAGACAGAGGAGGAAAAAGAUGGUGUUCAGAGGCUGGAGGAGCUGCUGGCGUGUGUGUGUCAGCGUUUCCCCCACUCUCUGGCUCCUGAUUUGUUGUGGGCUCACUGUUGCUGGGAGUAUGUGGUACAGUGGAACAAAGACCCAGAGAUUGGCCGAUAUUUGGAGUGGUCAGUGGAGUAUCUGAAGAUGAUUUCUAGUCCUCAUAUUCAGUUAGGAAUCUCCUCUAUGAUGUGGAACACAUUUAUUGUCAAACGCUUCUCCGCUGCUGCCUUCUUAAUGGAAAAGGUGGGGAAGGCUCCAAAAGACAGACUUUGCAGACGGGACGUGGGAAUGGGGGACGCAGCGAUGACGAGUUUUCUGGGCUCGUGCGUGCAGCUGCUGCAGACUCUGAUGGAGGUCUCGCCUUCCUCUUUUCUACCUCCUUAUCCUCUUUUCUUCAAAGCGGACUCGGGGGUGGAGGAGGUGUCUGUGCCGGAGCUGUGUGUGGAGGAGGUGUGGGGGAGUGCUGAGGGUCCGGCGUCUAUAGCGGAAUUGGCUCUGCAGCAGAAGGCGGUGCACUAUCCGCUGGUGCAGCACCACUGCCUGCUGGCCUCCCUGCUGCACGCAGCCAUGAGCUUCUCCCUGCGCCUCAAACCCCUCAGCCUCUUCGACAGCAAGGGGAAGAACGCCUUUUUCAGGGACCUGACGUCCAUCCAGCUCCUGCCCAGCGGAGACGCAGACCCCAACCUGGUGGCCAUCAGACAGGAGUUUUUGAUGCAGGUGUUGACAGGCUGGGUGAAAGCUGUUGGUGAAGCGGAGGACAGCGGCUCUGCUAAAACAGGCAGGGAAGUGGACUGGCCAGCAGUGUGCAUGGAGCUGGCCUCUCUGCUGCAGGUCAGUGUGGAUAUACUACGCAGAUACCUCGUCUGGGAACUCUACAACCAGGGCCUGGACCUGCGCGCAGAGGAGGUGAUGUUGGAGGUGGAGGAUAAAGAUGUGUUGGGCUCUCAGCUCCUGGUGCUGACCGGUCAGAGACUGGCCUUCUCUCUGCUGCACUCACAAACCCAGACCAAAGCCACCAUGGAGCUCCUUGCACGACUGCCCCCCACCCUGUGCACUUGGCUCAAAGCAAUGGACCCGAGCGAACUGCGGUGUCCCUCGGUGCCGCUGCAGCAGAGCAGCCGGCUGGUGAGCAGAGUCAUCGAGAUGCUGCCGGAGAAUCACGCCCAGUACAGCAUCGCACUGCACCUGCUGGAGGCUGUGGACUCACUACAGGAGGACGAGUGAUAGAGAGAGAGAGAUGGAGAUAGUGAGAGUAGCAAGAGGUAGAGAGAGAGGGAUCAUAGAGAUGAGAAAGAAACAAUGAAACGGACUGAAAAAGAGUGAAAGCCUUGGAUUUUGAUCACAAAAAGAGUCCAGACACUUUCUAAGCACAGGUUUAUGGAGUCUGGCUUAUUUUCAGGAGUCACCUUUUGAUCGGCUUGAUCUUCUUGAGGCCUCUCAAAGCAGUCGGCUUGAGUCAAUCAAAUGAAUGAAGUAGUUGAGCAAAAAAUCUAAUUUACACACUUUUCCCCCCAACUUGGUCCGUCAGGAGAUGCACGUUUGGUGUCUGAAGUUUGCAUUUAUAGUUUUGCACUGGAGCUACGAGGCUAAUGUAGCUAGCAAGGAUUGCUUAUAGCCCACCAGUUAGCAUAAUGCAAACUGAAUGCCAAAACAAAACUGCACAUUAGGCUACGUUCACAUUACAAGCCUCAUUGCUUAAAUCCGAUUUUUUGCUCAAAUCCGAUCUCUCUGACAGGAUGGUUCACACUCGUUUAGGUAAGUGACUCAAAUC